AUGUGUUUGCCCGCCGUCGGCGCUGUAGAGUCCCGGGUAAUGCUCAACGCCAUCUCAAACGGUUUCCUCCUGAACUGGAACUUUUUUCUCAGAUUCAGCCUGCAGACGGAGGGGAAGGAGGGACGGAGGGGAGGGAGGGAGUCGGAGAGAAAAGACGGAGACGGAGGAGAGAGCGAGGGAGUGAUGGACGCCGCGGAGAGGAAGCAGGCGGUGCUGAGCGUCGCCUUUCGAUAUCUGGACACCUACAGAGAGCUGCUGCAGGAGGAGGGGGAGCGCAGCAACAGCUUCCCAAAGGAGCUGUACCUGUGUGCAGUGCAGGAGUUGAGUCGGUAUCCUGAGCUGGUGGAGGACGUCCUCAAACUGCAGAGAUGGACCGAGAUCUUACACUGCCCCUCUGACGAGGAGAAGGAAAGCAGGAAGAAGCAGGUCCGUCCUCUGUUCAGACACUUCAGACGCAUCGACGCCUGUCUGCAGCCCAGAGAGGCCUUCCGAGGCUCCGACGAGAUUUUCUGCAGGGUCUACACUCCGGAUCACUCGUACGUCACCAUCAGGAGCCGCCUGUCCUGCCGCGUCGGAGAGAUUCUGGCUCUGGUUCGAGAGAAGCUCCAGUACAGCGAGGACCAACCGGUUCUGCCUGGAAACCUCAUCCUGGUGGCCGUCACAUCGGCCGGAGAGAAGGCGGUGUUUCGCCCCAGUGACGAGGCUGUGUUCACCACGCUGGGAGUCAACACUCACCUGUUCACCUGCGAGCCCGCCGAGCUCGACUCACUGCUUCCUCUCCCCGAGGAGAUCCACUGGACGCCGGGCGACAGCAAACUGCACGACAUGUCGGCCGAGGAGGUAGCCAAUCAGCUGGUGGCGUUCGACUGGGAGCUCUUCAGCUGCGUGCAUGAGGUGGAGUUUGUGUGUUACGUGUUUCACGGCGAGCAGUCCCGCUGGCGUCCCCUGAACCUGGAGCUGGUACUGCAGCGCUGCAGCGAGGUGCAGCACUGGGUCGCCACGGAGAUCCUGCAGUGUCAGUCGCUGCCCAAGAGGGUCCAACUGCUGCGCAAGUUCAUCAAGAUCGCAGCACUCUGUAAGCAGCAGCAGGACCUGCUGUCGUUCCUCGCUGUGGUUCUGGGUUUAGACAACCCGGCUGUCAGCCGACUACGACUCACCUGGGAGGGUCUCCCGGGGAAAUUCAGGAAACAGUUUCAGCAGUUUGAGAGCGUCGCGGACCCGUCCAGGAACCACAAGUCCUACAGAGACCUGAUCACCAGCCUGAGACCUCCACUGAUCCCCUUCACACCUCUGCUGCUCAAAGACUUGACGUUCCUCCACGAGAGCUGCAAGACGUUUCACGGCGAACUCGUCAACUUUGAGAAGAUGCAUAAAGUGGCGGAGAUGGUCCGGAUCAUCAGGCGGUACCGGAGCAGCCAGCUGGCCAUGGAUACGGAGACGUCCCCGUCCCACCUGCAGACCAAGGCGUACGUCCGGCAGCUGCAGGUGAUCGACAACCAGAACCUGCUGUUCGACAUGUCCUGCAAGCUGGAGCCCAAAGACACAUAG